AUGGCGCCGAAAGCCGGAGGGGAGUUCGAAGAUCUGCUGCCGGUGAUGGCCGACAAGUUAGGCGGGGAAGGUUUAAUUAAGGAGCUCUGCAAUGGGUUCCAGCUGCUGAUGGACAAGGACAAAGGGGUGAUCACGACGGAGAGCCUGAGACGAAACGCCGCCGUUCUGGGUCUCCAGGACUUGUCGGACGGGGAGAUCGCCGGGAUGGUCAAGGAAGGGGAUAUGGACGGCGACGGCGCGUUGAAUCAGAUGGAGUUUUGCGUUCUCAUGUUCAGAUUGAGCCCCGAGUUGAUGAGCGAUUCCAGGGCUUGGCUCGAGGAAGCCAUCGAAGAGGAAUUCAGAGACGCUGCUGCUGCUGGAUUUUGA